AUGGAAAAGCACAAGUUUUUCCCUGAGUUUAAAGGGUUUAUAUCAGGGGUCAUAGGGUCAUGAUGCGGAGUUUGUGUAGGACAGCCUUUUGAUAUCAUAAAAGUUAGACUUCAAAACAAUGGAGGCUCAGCAGUUGGUACUCUAAAAUGUCUAAUUACUCAUGAAGGAUUUUUCACGCUAUGAAAAGGCUCGCUACCACCAUUAAUAGGCAAUGGCUUAGCAAGCUCUAUAUCUUUUGGUAUUAAUGAAAACUCUAAAAGGAUAAUAAGCAGCUACAAUAAUCCUGGAGAAGUUUUAUCAAUUUCCCAGCAUUCACUCUGUGGGACUAUUUCAGGAUUUUUUCGCGCUUUUAUUUCAUGCCCUACAGAAAAUAUUCGAAUCCGCAUGCAAAUUCAAGGAAAAAUUGACCCUCGAGGAGACCCUUUAUACAAAAACUCCGUAGACUGCUUUUUAACAAUUUUUAAAAAAUAUGGGAUUUUUGGGAUUUAUAAAGGAUUUCCUAUAACAAUGCUGAGAGAAUUAAUAGGAAUUACGAUGUAUUUUAUGGGUUAUCAGUAUUCAGGGAGAAAAUUAUUUGGUGGGGAUAUAGCGUGGGCACACUUUUGGCAUCUCUCUGAAGGGAAUUUCCAAAAUUCCAAAUUAUACAAAAAAAAAAAUUAUAUAAGCAUGGCAAAAGAGUGACCAUCCUAUAAUGCAAAUACAAAUGAACUGAAGAUGUGGCAGAUUAUGAUAUGUGGAGGACUCGCGGGGUAUGCUUAUUGGGUUGUUUAUCCUAUUGAUGUAGUGAAAUCAAAACUUCAGUCUGAUUCAUAUAAAAAUAUGAGAUAUAAGUCAACUAUUGAGUGUGUGAAAACAAUAUACAAAGAUAUUGGAGUAAAAGGAUUUUUCAGAGGCUUUUUACCAGCGAUUAUAAGAGCAGCUCCUGCAAAUGCAGCGAUUUUGACUGGAUUUGAAACUAUGAUGUCUAUUUUUGGGAGAAAUUAUCGAUAA